AUGAAGAAUUUGACAGUCUUCAUUCCAGAAUGUGCAAAUGAUCAGCUCUUGGUAUAUGUAAAUGCAACAGAAUUAGAUAGAAAAAAGUAUGAAAUCGAGCGAAAAGAAGCAGAUUCUCUACUUGAAUGCACUAAAAAGUGCUAUGAGAAUCCUCGUUGUACUUCGCUAAAAUAUCGUGAAGCAGAUUCUGAUGGGUGCUCAUUGACUACUUUCACUCCAGUAUCUUGCUAUCAUAUUACUUUAGUACCCGUUGCUGAAAUCAAAUAUGAUCCUCAUACUCUUAUCACUAUCGAAUGCUUGAAAUGUCAAGCAAAAAAAGACUUUGAUCCAAGUAAGAAAUCUAACCUUAAAGAGUAUUAG